UUAAGCGAAAUUAUUGAAAUAAUGAUUAACUUUAAAUUAAUCCAAAAUGAGGGUAGGAUAACUCAUGUGGCUGUUGAGAACAGUGAGACCCAAGAAGUUGAUCAAAUAGAAAUCUCCCACGAUGGUAGUUUUACUCAUAAAGAUAUUCAAUAUAUCAUCUUUGAAAAUAUCUUAUCCCUACGUCAGCACCAUUCGACAUUUGAGUACGAUGACAAAGCAAUACCAACAUUUGCUGUAAUAAGUGUAUCAUCAGCUCACAAAUUUCUGACAUGGAUGGCAACAAUUCAUGAGCAUUCAUUGGAUUACCUUGGAGUAAAACGCCUGCCAUCAGUUCGUGAUGCUUUGAAGAUGAUCACAGCUGAAUUGAAGUCACAAAUGGAUCAGAUGGCUUCAGAUCAGGAUCUCCAAUCAAUGUUUAAUGUAUUCCUGAACCUUUUGGACCAAUUGAUAUCUGAAAUAACACCAGAACAAAUUAAAAUUAUUUACCAAUACAGUGACUUAUCAAAACUUGUCAUUGCUUGUACAUCAAUAUCUGAAAUGCUUCAACACUCAGCAAAAUAUCUUUACCAGUUGCUCACCUAUGACCCUAAGAUGGUUGAACGUCUAAGUCUUACAUACCCUAUGCAGAUGCUUUCCUACGUCUUGAGAAUCUUCCUCUUGCUAUUCUCCCACUUUGACAUAUCCUUUACCAAUCAUGAGAGCAUUCUAAUCCACGAAGUCACUGCUAUCUUAAUUGAUCUCAUAUCAGAUCGACUUACAACCUACGUUUACCUUCGAGGAGGAAAUUCAUUUGCCUCAGGAAUCAUCCAACAGAUUGGUCGAAAAUAUCCAGCACUUGCCAGUGUCCAGGAUAUAGAUAAGAUUCCAGUAUUUAUGGCUAAUAAUCGUGAUUUUGAAAAUUUCAUUCGAGACUCAUGGCCUGACUUCAACUUGUGGCCAUUUAUCCUUGGUAUGAACAUGCCAAUACAGCAGAGAGUUACAUUCAACAUCAGAGCAUGCUUGGAUAGUAUUAAUAGUCGACAUGAAAGGAAAAUGGACAUCAGUCCUAAUGAUGUGAUACAGUUGAUGUAUAAUGUCUGUAAACCUUAUGUUGAAACACAUAAUUUCGAAUGCUACAGUGAAUCUUGUUUUAAACAAAUCAUUAAUUCGUCAUUAUUCACACAAAUAUGUAUGUUCUUAAACAAGUCUUGAUUAUUGAUAAAUUAUUUUUUUUUACAUCAACAUCAUCAAAUUACUCUCAAAAGUCCAGCCAAAAAUGAGCUUCUCAUUUCUCCACUUCAAAUUUAUAAAUCGAACGAAUGUCUUUGACUUUAACUUCAUCAG